GGGCAGGUCGGCGCUGGUAAUUGGCGUGCCCCGGCACCAACCGGCAGAGCGCGUCCCGCGGAGGCGGCUGGUGCAGCAGCCAAUGCGGUGCAUGGGCGGAGAAGGCGAUCGCUCCCUCCUCGCUCCCCGCGGCUCUGGCGGGGCUUCCGGGCGUUCCGCACUCCGCAGGCUGAAGGGGCCCUGGGCCCAGACCCCAGUCUCGGAUGAUGUCCCAGCACCGGUCGUUCGUUUUAAGAACACUUUCAUUGCAGAUAGGACAAAAUUCAAAGAAGGUACCAAUGUGAGAUUUCUAAAGAUAACUACAGCACUCGACCCAAGGUUUACAAAUCUGAAGUGCCUUCCAAAAUCUGAGAGGGAUGAGGUGUGGAGCAUGCUUUCAGAAGUCUUAAAAGAGCAACACUCCAAUUCGGAAACUACAGAACCCAAACCACCAAAAAAGAAAAUCAACCUUCUGCUGGUGGCAUCUGACUCAAAUGAUGAAAGUGAACAUGCAUCGGUCUGCACUGCUUUGGAUCAUUAUCGAGCAGAGCCCCUCCUUAGCAUGAAUGCAUGUCCUCUAGAAUGGUGGUUGAAGCAUGAAGGGACAUAUAAAUCUUUAACCCAUCUGGCACAUAAAUAUCUUGCAAUGCGGGCUACAACAAUGCCAUGUGAACACCUGUUCUCAGUUUCAGGUGACAUUGUAAACAAGAAGUGGGCAGGAUUAUCUCCUGCAAAUGUAAACAAACUUGUUUGAGUGAUUGACUGAACAAGAAGUAGGACUGAGUGGACUUGUAAGCUCUAAUGUUUUACAUUGUUUUAUUUUUGAAUGCAGUUAUUUUUUCUACAUAAUUCUAUAUGUUUUUGUACAUAAUUAUAUACACAAUGCACAGUCAACCUGUGGAACUCCUUGCCAGAGGAUGUUGUGAAGGCCAUGACCAUAACAGGGUUCAAAAAAGAACUAUAUAAAUUCAUGGAGGAUAGGUCCAUCAAUGGCUAUUAGCCAGAAUGGGCAGGAAUGGUGUCCCUAGCCUCUGUUUGCCAGAAGCUGGGAAUGAGCGACAGGGGAUGGAUCACUUUAUGAUUACCUGUUCUGUUCUUUCCCUCUGGGGCACCUGGCACUGGCCAUUGUCGGAAGACAGGAUACUGGGCUAGAUGGACCUUUGGUCUGACCCAGCAGGGCCAUUCUUAUGUUCUUAUAUCUGUAAGUUCAACUUUCAUAAUAAAGAGAUUGUAUUACAGUACUUGUAUGAGGUGAAUUGAAAAAUACCAUUUCUUUUGUUUUUUAUAGAACAAAUAUUUGAAAUCAAAAAUAAAUAUAAAGUGAGCACUGUACACUGUGUUCUGUGUUGUAACUGAAAUCAAUAAAUUUGAAAAUGUACAAAACAUCAAAAAAUA